AUGGAGCCUCCCAUGCCCAUUCUGUCCUACCCAAGUAUCAAGGAAGUCUAUCUUAUCUGCAAUACCAGCAACCUGGGUGUGGUGGCCCCUGUAGGCUACAAUGGACUCCUCAUCAUGAGCUGUACCUACUAUGCCUUCAAGACCCGCAAUGUGCCCGCCAACUUCAACGAGGCCAAAUAUAUCGCCUUCACCAUGUACACCACCUGCAUCAUCUGGUUAGCUUUCGUGCCCAUUUACUUUGGGAGCAACUACAAGAUCAUCACUACCUGCUUUGCAGUGAGCCUCAGUGUGACGGUGGCCCUGGGGUGCAUGUUCACUCCCAAGAUGUACAUCAUUAUCGCCAAGCCCGAGAGGAAUGUACGCAGUGCCUUCACCACCUCUGAUGUGGUCCGCAUGCAUGUGGGAGAUGGCAAGCUGCCCUGCCGCUCCAACGCUUUCCUCAAUAUUUUCCGAAGAAAGAAGCCAGGGGCAGGGAACGCCAAGUGA